AAUCUCUUAUGUUUACCAUUUUCUUUCAUCUCUUAUAAUUCUCUAUUUUAAAACACAGAAAAAUCAAAACAAUAUGGAAGAAGACACAUUCUCAUUGGGUGGGAAGAAGAGAAGAUUGAGUGUAGAUCAAGUCAAGACACUUGAGAUGAACUUCAAAGAAGAGAACAAGCUCGAGCAAGAGAGAAAAGUGAGGAUCGCCGACGAGACAGGGCUGCAUCCAAGACAAGUGGCCGUGUGGUUCCAAAACCGACGUGCCCGUUGGAAGACUAAGCAACUUGAACGAGACUAUUGCGUCCUUAAAGCUCAUUAUGACUCUCUAAAGCUUGAGUACAAAAAUCUUGAGCAUGAGACAGAAGAUCUUACCUCAAAGCUUAAAGAGCUAAGAGCCAAAGUUAGAGAAGAAAAGAGAGAAGAGGAACAUAGCAUGUCUCUUAAAGAACAAAAGCGAGAAACCGAAGAGGAAAAUGAUAAGAUCUUUCAGAUGGUACCUACGUCUCACAACGGCUUAUGUUCUUCGACAACUUUAGGAUCGACGGCUGAACCUUGCCAGUUACGCAAUUAUCCGGAAAAAGAAAUUAUUAUGGUGAAACUAAAAGAACUCCGCAAUUUAAAUUAUGUUGAUUAUGCUUCUAAUCUCCAAUGGUAAAAUUAAUUACAUGAUCUAGUCUAUAUGUAAAUUGAGCUCUAAUUGAACAAUUUGUGAUAGGGUUUGGUAGAUGUAGACUAUUUACUGCUUUGCUCAAGUUCAUUAUUAGGUAUGAACGAUGACAAUAUGGUAAUAACGAAUUCUUGGAUUG